UAACAGAUAGUUAUUUUCUCUCAACAUUAGCUUUCCCUUGAACUUGGACCCUCUCUCUUGAAAACCAUUACCGCUCCUCUUUUGUCAUCGCAUGCUGUCUGCCUCCUUCGAGGGGCACCCCUCCUCGUAUUCUUCCCUCUCCACAACACUGCUCGACACACUGCAGCCUUUACACAAUGAAUAGCUCAAAAACCUCCAAAGGGCCCCGUAGCCGUACCGGAACACCAGAUCGCGGAGGCAUCCGCAAACGAGGGGCCCCUCCCCGGACCGAUCGGGAUGGUGACCUGGAUAUGGACGGUGCUGCGUCUGGAAGAGCACGCGGGACAAGAGGUCGUGGGCGUAGCGACCCUGGGCGCUGGACUGCUCCAAGAGUUGGGGGGUUGAACCAAGGGAGGGAACCUGGAAGGCUAGCCAACAAAGAAAAAACCUUGGAUGCACUGGAAAAGGCUAUCUUCAGCAACGUAUCUUCUCAGGCGAAUGUUGGACAUGGUCGCCCACAGACUCAGAGCAAAGGGUUGGUUCAAGUGAUCGUGCGCGGAUGGAAGCGUAGCAGAGCGGCUUCUAAUCCCGAUGGCGGUCUUGAAAGCCUCGUCAUGUUCCUCGAAAGAAAAGCUCAACCCCCCAAAAAGCAAGGUACUGCGGCCCAUUCACGAUUUAAAAUUUCCAAGUCACGAGUCGAAGGGGAUGCUCUAAUUAUAUCACUUCGUCCGGAACUGGUGGCAUGUAUUUUACAGAUCAAUGGUACUAGCUUUGCGGGCGAGAAACUUACUAUUGAAGAAUACCGCAAUCCCGAUGCCAACAAUACAGAAAAGCAACCACUGUCGCAAACCGCGCUCGAUACAAAGGUUAGAAUGACGGAAUUUUUGAAGAAGAGAUACUCUGAGUCAGGGAAGCUCUUAAACCUUUCACAGCUUGGCACUGAUCCAGAUCUUCUUGCCAUGGGCAUGUUCAACACCACUUCGACAGAAUCUAAAUUUUUUCCAGCUCUCAUGAAAAUAUGCGAACUUACAUUCGAUUCUCCGGACAAACGAAGAGAGCUUUUCCAGAGUGUUACCCUGGCUCAGAAUAAACUUCUUAAUGUUUCCUCCGUUACCACGCUGUCGCAAACAUUCCCAGCUCUCAAAAAUCUCGAUUUAUCGAACAAUCAACUCAAGGAUAUCCAAUCACUACUUGCAUGGAGGUGGAAAUUUAGAGAACUUGAAUUUCUCGAUCUUACCGGAAACCCAAUCAGUUCCGAAGCAAAUUUCAAAGAAACUAUGCUCAAAUGGUAUCCCAGACUCAGGACGCUAAAUAAUAUAACGGUCCGGACGGCGGAAGAAAUAGCUGUCCAGCGGAAAAACCCGAUCCCGAUUCAACCUGCUAGUUUUCAAGAUGAAUCCCAGAUUGGUGAAAAUUUCGUGAAAGCUUUUUUCACCGGAUUCGACAACGAUCGGAACGACCUAGUAAAUGGAAUAUAUGACGGCAAGUCGACAUUUUCUCUAAGCGUAAGUUUCAUGGCUCCACGAGGCGUGCGAGCAAAUAAUGUUUCAGGAUGGGAUUCGUACAUCAAGAAAAGCAGAAAUCUUCUGAGGGUUAACUAUUUUCCUGCGCGAGUGGCUCGUACCUUUGUCGGUUCUGAAAAGAUCCGCGAAGUGUGGAACUCAUUGCCGAAAACGAGACAUCCUGAUGUUCUUGCAAACCCGCAAGAUUGGCUAAUAGAAUGCCAUCCCAUCCCUGGUCUUCCCGACCCCACCAACCAGAGCGCCACGGGCGUUGGUGGUCUCCUUAUAACCGUCCAUGGUAAAUUCGAGGAAUUCGAGGUGACAACUAGAAACAAGACGCAAAUGCGGAGUUUCGAUCGUACCUUCAUCCUUGGGCCAGGAGGUGGAGUUAGCGGUCUACGAGUUUUUAACGACCUGCUCUGUUUGAGGACAUUUGGCGGAUCCGAAGCGUUUGUUCCAGAGACGGAACAACCCUCUACGAACUCGGCCAUUCCACUACAUACGCAGACAGCAAUUCCGACUCCGAUCACUAACCAGAUCCCAAAUCCGAUAACGACGCCGAUCCCCACCAACCAACGGGUUCAUCCAGAAGCAAAAGAUGGGUUCGGAUUACCAAUACCUGGAAAAUCAGAAGAACAGGUCCGGAAAGAACAGAUUGUUAUGGAAACCAGCUUCCGAACAAAAAUGACGUUAGCAUAUUCAGAGAUGGCUUUAUCUGGCAACAACUGGGACAUGGAAGCAGCGUUGAAAAAUUUCGAAGAAUUGAAGGCGCAGGGAAAGCUCCCUCCGGAUGCCUUUUUGCCUGGAGUAUAAUUACAACGGAUUCGUUUUUUAGCACAACUAUGGGCAGAGGUUGUGGUAUUUCAAAUCAGCCUAAGCAGUGCUUAUUGGUUUCCGCAUAUUAUUUACUGGAGAACGAGAUGGAGGUCGUUAGGGGUUCCAAGGAGUGGUUAUAGACGAGGGAUACAACUGCUGAGGAGAGUAUUUCUGUUUGGACCAGCAGCUGGCAUAAUUUACGGUUAAGGAUGUUUGUCGUUUGCUUCCCUUUCUAUGUCUGAUUCAUCUAUAACUUUCUUCAAGUUUCUAUCCUAAAAGGGCUACGAUGAUACACACAAAGGAUUUCAUUUGUUUAUUUUAGAUGUUUGUUUUGAUGGAGGCUUAAAUAGAAACCCAACUUACUGGAGUCGCUAGGCAUGAUUGUGUGAGACUUAAUAGAAAGCUAAGGAACUAG